CACCUUAGUUAUGAGAUUAUCUUAUGAAUUUGUUAAGAUGCAUUUAAAAUUGUACGAAAGUUGUAUUGAUUUAAUUUUUAUAAGAAUAUAUAACAGAGAACGGCUAAUACCAACAUUUGCACGUGUUCGUCUAGCCAAUCGAUAUCUUGUAAAAAUGCAAGUCAUUCAACAAUGUGCUCAGAAUAUAGUACUAGGUGCAUUAAAAUACAAAAAAAACAAUUUUUAACACAAAUCUACCGUCAUUCAUCAAGAUUAUUAAAUAUGUUAAAAGAUAGCGUACCACAUUAUAUUCGAUCGUUUAAUAUCUAUAAAUGAUGAAAUUAUUUGAAAAGAAAUGAAAAGUAUUAAAAAACGACAUGAUCGCAAAUUAGGUAAAUUACGUUAUUACAAUGUUAAGAAAGCUAUGAAACAAUCUAAUCGUAAUUCAAUCAAUAUUUCAUCACUUAGAAUGAAUAAUAAUGAUAGUGCACAAGAAAAUGAUCUGAAAACAAUUACAAAUUUAUCUCAACGAAAAUUAACAAUUGAUGAAGAAAAUCCAUUGAAACAUCGUCUCCAUCAUGUAUUUCCAACAAGUAAAUUUGAUAAUUCUAGAUUUGUUUGUAACAUGGAAUAUAAAUAUGCAUAA